CUGUCAAAGUUUGUUUUGUUUUCGUUUGAAGCAGCUCCAGUUGGGUGUUUAAAUUGGAAUUGUAGCUCGAUUCGCUUGAUUUCGCCAACUAUAUGAAGAUCCCACCCAUCCCGCAGCAUGGUACCAUCUUCUAUACGUCCGGUAGCCACAAGGCGUCCGCAAUAUUCCUCGACGAGGAGCUCGUUAUCACAUCCGGAUUAAUUUUCAGCGAUAACGAGAGUUUAAACCAAACGGUUGCUGACGCUACGAAGAACAGUUCUAUUGUUGAACUUGGCACAGAGCUGAAGGAGAUCUUCGACCUAGACUUUCGCGUAGUGCGCAAGCAGGAAAACGUGCUACAGCAACAGGCAGCCCGCGCUUAUCACAUCGUACAUUCUCACCGGGUGCGGGAAUGUAUGGAAACGGUGCUAGAGGGAUUGCAUGUGUGCAUCGGUGGCGAUAUGAAACCGGUCCGAUUAUAUGCUCCCCUAUAUGCUAGCAUUGUUAUUCUGUCUACUAACCUUGCCAAGUGUGUCUCAUGGAACCACAUUAAGACAGUAAUCGACAGGCUUAGGCCAACCGGCAGCACGGGUCCAAAGCUGCUGGAUGAGGUGGUCACAGUGUCCACACCCUUUGGCGAUGAAUCGUUCUUCAAUACGCUGAACGUGGGACAUAUUUCUAACAUUUUUGGAGAUCACGAAUGUCUUAUGCUGCUUGACACACACCUCAGCUCUGGCUGCCAAGGGGGAGCAGUUUACAAUCGCAACAUGAAACUUCAAGGAAUUCUGAUCGGUUCCACGUUCACGCAUCGCAAUGAAAAUGUUAGCUUUCCGCUAGCGAUCAGUAUGGAAGAAAUUGUGGGAGUUGCUUUGAACCAACGAAACCUCUGCCAAAGCUUACCGAUGGCAUUGCCGGUUCAAGCAUUCCGCUCAGUAUGUAUGAUAGACUCCCAAGGAUGCUGGGGAACUGGAUGCGCGUUCGAGUUGAACGGCAAGCGCUACAUCAUUUCCUGUUCUCACGUAUUGGCAACGGAUAACAUUACAUGCGUAUUCAAUGAUCAGAAAACCAUGCACCCGAAGCUCAUCUACAAAAAUCCCAUCUUCGACAGUGCGUACGAUAUCGCACUGAUGGAGGCCACCUUCGAGGAGGCACAAUCGUCGAACUGGUUCUGCCAGCUGGCAAAUUACAUUCCCCGUAUCGGCCAGCGGCUGUAUGCUGUUGGUUUUCCCGUGCUUAAGUCGUUGGCACGGGGGAUAAACUUUAAGCCCAGCAUCAUACCUGGACGUGUCACCAAGUACAGCGAGGGACUUCUGUUCACGGACUGUUCUAUUCAAUGUGGUCAAAGUGGUGGACCAAUAUUUGAUGAAAAUGGUUUAUUGGUCGCAAUUGCGGUAUCAAACUUUAAAAGCUCUGUGGACAAUCUAAUCUACAACUGCCACAACAUGUGCGUUCCUGUGAAGGAUAUUUACAGCACGCUGGAACGUUACUCGAUAACACGCGACAAAACUUCACUCGACGGGCUACAGGCGGACUGGAAUGUUCGGUGCAAAUGGAAGCUAAAACCACCAGUUAUUUUGAAUAAACUUUAAAAAGUGGGCAAGGUUUUAAAAGGGAUACAGAGAGCUUUCAAAAAGGUGUAUAACAAGGUAUAAAAUGGGGUUUACAGGAAAUGGGUGUGCAAUCGGGAUAAAAUACAUUUUAUCAGGUAAUUGCUAGCAGAA